AUGGACGAGCAGAGCCAAGACGCUAUCAGCCGCAGGAAUCUCCGACGAUCAGCGUGCGACCUGUGCCGCGAAUACAAAGUCAAAUGCAGCGGAAACAGACCCAAGUGCGACCGCUGCACCAGGCUGGGCAAGGAGUGCAUCUUUUCGGUGGCGAGACCGCGGCCUCAAGAUCAGGAUCUCCGGUUCGGCACCAGGCCCGGGCCCAAGGCCCAUGACCGGUUCAUCCACGUGGACCCGGCCAUGUAUCGCACCACCGGCAGCAACAGCAGCGGCGGCAACGUGGACAACAUCAGCAACAACAACAAUAACGGCCAACAAGCGACCAAAGAGCGGUCCACCGGCCCGUCGUGGCGCCAGAACCCCGAUACUUACGGGGAAGACGCGCGUACCGGCGCUUUUCACGGUUGCUGGCCCGACACCCUCCCGCCUCUGCACCACCACCAUCUCCCGGCCGCCUCCAUCCCCUCGGCAACAGCAGCGCCCAUCACGAGGCCGCCAAGCCAGGCCGCCUCCCUGACGCUGGACCGUGACGUCGACAUGGCGUUCCAGCACGCCGAGCGCGCCAGCUCGUCCGGCCAGAGCGAAGCCCACCUCUCCUCCGUGUCGGACGAGGGCUGGUACUGGAACAACGUCCCGGACUUCAGCGACAAUGCGUACAGCGGCAGCAGCGCCGACAUCUACCGCGCCGUAUCGGACGACUUUGCUCUUCUGGUCUCACGGGGCGGCAUCCCCCCACCACACGAAGAGGGCCAUGGCGGCCGUGACAAGAGCAGACAGCAGCAGCAGCAGCAGCAGCACGCCCCGGCACCCGGCAGUGCUCCCACUCACGCCCUAUCAGUCUCGGCGUUGAGAUCGCAUUCGAUGAUGAGGAGGGCGGACAACCAUAACCACAAUCACAAUAACAACAACAACAACUCCCACCACCACAACCACCACAACCAGGGCUCCGGGGCAAUGACGUUGUCCUUGGCGGCGGGGUCCCGUUCCUCCUCCUCAUCCUCCUCCGCCGAGUGCUCGUGCGUGCAGCAGCUCACGCUGAGCCUGUUCGACCUCAGCACGUGGAAGGCGGACCAGCGGCCGGGCGCUCCGGCCGGCGGGGACUCCCCGACCCUGUCCGAGUACUGCAUGAUCUACCACAACUCCAUGAGCCUGUGGGAGCGGCUCAUCAUGGGCUGCGUGAGGUGCCUGUCGCGGCCGCAGUUCGCGCAGCUGCUGAUCCUCAACAUCGAGCAGCUCGUCCACCUGCAGCGGAACCAGCAGGUCCUGCUGCAGCGGCCGCGCCCCGCCUCGUCGUCGUCGACGACGCCUCCGUCGCCGCCGCCACCGACCGCCCUCUCCGACGUCAUCAGGAUCGGGGACUACGUGGUGGAGAGCGAGACCGAGAGGGCGGCCAUCAUCGGGCCCCUGCUGAAGGGCCGGGCGGCCGGUCUGAUGGACUUCAUCGACAGCCUCCGCGAGCUGCUUCUGCCCACGGGCAUGCCGGACCUCGGGGCGAGGCUGGACUCGAUGACGGACAAGUUGAAGCAGCGAGGCCUGGAGUGUGGUUGA